CGGAAAUUGAUCGAAAUUUACCAGAAAAACAGAAGAACGAGAAACCAUCGGAGUACUAUCGUGAUUGAGUUCAAAUCACGACUAGUAGCCAGUCAGAGGACUUUUACGGCCCCAAGGGUAUACAAACCGGCUGCAGGUCGUAAUUUGAAAACAAACCGCACUACAUUCCGGAACACAGAAAUCAAAGGAAAAACCGACAAAAUGGGAAAGUACAAAAUGAAGCAAUUCAAGUGGCGAAGUGUGAAGAGCAGGAGACGAAUCACCAUGGUACCAGACUCCGGGUCCACGGACCACCUGGUGAAUGAUCUCUCCGUUGUCCAGGCCAUUUCACCGUAUGAAAAAAUUGUCAACUUCGGCGGUACCGAGCGGAUAGCUGGCAAAGUUGUUCGACUCGUCCCGAAUUCCCUUAACAUUUCGACGGCGAUUUUUUCGACGAGUUUCCGUUUCAACCUGUUAUCACUCUACAAAUUGACACUGAUGAGGCUGUAUACGUGUUUUUGGAGUAUGAAAAUCAUCGACGACAAAGGCAUGGAAAGGGCACCGAUUUACCGAACCAGUAACAUGUACCAGGUGGGAGUUUAUUACGAUUCCGAAAAACAAGAAGUAGCAGCGAUUUCCCAGACCAGUAAAAUGCUGCAACACCAGCGCAACAUGCAUUUUUUCGACACUACCUGCAGAAUCAAGAACUGCCACGCCUGUCAGCAGAACAAGGGGCAGAAACCGUCGCACAACCGACGACCACAAGAAAAAGGAAUAACGGCGAAAAGGUUCAACGAGGUGGUCCAUAUCGACAUCGUUGGACCGAUUUCCCUGCGCUCGUUUAAUAACCAUCGCUACCGUUGCAACCUGGUAGAUGGUUACACAGGAUGGGGGGAAAGCUACCCCCUGAAAAGCAAAACAGAGCCCUACCUCGCACUACGUCAGUGGGCUCAAUCUCACGGACGACCCCAAGCGGUGCGAUGCGACAACGGAGCCGAGUUUCAGGACCUGUUUGCAAAAGAGUGCAGAAGAUACAACACCACCAUUCGGCGGUCAGCUCCAUACGAACCGGAGCAAAACGGUCUCGCUGAACGUUUCAACAGAACAAUCGUCGAUGCUAUCAGGACGGUGGUAGCGGACACAGAUCGGCGAUUGUGGGCAGCAGCAGCGCGGGCCGUCUCGUUUGUCAGGAACCGACUGGCAAGAAGAGAGAAAGAGGCGCCCUACAAGAUGCGUUUUCAGCGUAACGCUGCGACCAACUAUUUUCGUCGUUUUGGAUCACUAUGCUACUACAAAGUGCACGUGAGGACGAAAAUGGAGCCGAAGUACAGGAUGGGUUGUUUUGUUGGAUAUGGGGAACAAAAUUCCACGUACAGAGUAGCACACUACAGCAAGGACGGCGCGCUAGUAGUUUCCGAGUGCUACGCGGUCAAGUUUGAUGAGUCCAAAACCAUCAAAAAUAUGAACUCGAUCAAGAACAUCGACGACCUUGACCCGCUCGACUUACCGGGUGAGUUUACCACUUUGAAUUUUGGUAACGGUGAG